UUCAUGGACAGAUCAUCAUCAUCAUCUCAUCAUCAUGCCAUUAUAAAAUCUCCAACACAUUCUCUCGGGGGUUACGAAACCCAGAAAAAUCAUAAAUUGGGGAGGGAGUUAGAGAGAGAAAGAGUGGCAUCUCUCGGUUUCAUCUUCUUCGUUUGCUGUACCGGGUGUCUGAACUACUGCUGGCCUGUGUUGUCUGCUUGGAUUGAGCUUGAUUUAUUAUGUUUCAAUUGCUGUGGCAUACUCUUCUCUUGGAAUUAUUGUCUAGUUUUUCCUUCACUUGCUCCACAUCUAAGGGUUCUUUCUCACCAAUCUUUCUCCCGCUUUGCUGCCAGUACUCAACAUUGUUGGUCAGUCUUGAUCAGCAUCAAGAUGUUUUACAGUACAGCAUUACCUCCGUCUUGUCCUGGGUUCAAAAUCUUUGACUUGGCAUAUGUUGUUGACAAAUGCCUGAAGCCUAUUGAUCAUAAUCCUGUUGGUUUUGCUCAACAUCAUGAUGGUCAAUGCAGGUACAAUGUCAUUAAGGAAGUUGGUAAUGGCACCUUUGGAAAUGUCUGGCGAGCUCUAAACAAGCAGUCUGGUGAAGUGGUUGCGAUCAAGAAAAUGAAGAAAAAAUAUUACUCAUGGGAAGAGUGUAUAAAUCUUAGAGAAGUGAAGUCGCUGAGGAAAAUGAACCAUCCAAAUAUAGUGAAGCUCAAGGAAGUUAUAAGGGAAAGCGAUGUCUUAUACUUUGUUUUUGAGUACAUGGAAUGUAACCUAUACCAGCUUAUGAAGGACAGAGGAAGCUUCUUUUCAGAGACUGAAGUGAGAAACUGGUGCUUUCAAGUAUUUCAAGGUCUUGCGUAUAUACAUCAACGUGGAUAUUUCCAUCGUGACCUCAAGCCAGAGAACUUGCUAGUAUCAAAGGAUAAGAUAAAGAUAGCUGAUUUUGGUCUUGCUCGGGAGAUCAAUUCUCAACCGCCAUUCACUGAAUACGUUUCAACCCGCUGGUAUAGGGCCCCUGAAGUUUUACUUCAGUCUCCUACAUAUGGCCCUCCAGUUGAUAUGUGGGCAAUGGGAGCAAUAAUGGCAGAAUUAUUCACGCUGCGCCCUUUAUUUCCAGGUUCCAGUGAGGCCGACGAGCUUUACAAAAUAUGCUGCGUGAUAGGAAGCCCGGCUAGGAAUGAAUGGACCGAGGGUCUUGAACUCGCCAGUGCCAUAAAUUAUCAAUUCCCACAGGUUGCUGGGGUUCAUCUUUCUGCUCUGAUACCAGGUGUUAGUCAGGAUGCAAUUAAUCUCAUCAAGUCCCUGUGUUCGUGGGAUCCAUGCAAGAGGCCCACAGCCUUGGAGGUCCUUCAACAUCCUUUUUUUCAGAGUUGCUUUUAUGUUCCUCCAUCUCUACGCUUGAAUGCUGCAAUUCCGAGAACACCUCCUCCUGCUGGAACAAGGGGAAUAUUGGAACAAAAUUAUGAGAGGAAGUACAUGGGAUGUAUAUCAAACUUAAGAGCAGAAAACAAUUUUCCUCCUGGAAAACCACAGGCAUACAUGGUUCCAGGUGCUCAAAGGAAGUUGGGCAGGAAUGAUCAGGAUUUGUCGAAAAAUUGCAAGGACUUUAAGAACUAUACUAAGCCUCAGCCAAAAUAUCAGCCACCUGGAAUAAACGGCCCAUCAGCUGGCAACCUUGGGAAAACGUGUGAUGUGGAGGAUACUGUCAAUAAGUUUGCUGACAUGGCAGUGGGGUCUGUGCCUCCACCUAUGAAGGCUGGAGGUUGGCACGGGCAGUCCAAUUUGUUUCUCGGGCGUUCACAAGAAGUUAUCCACACACGAGCAGCUUAUAACAGGAAGGUGGCUGGAUGAAAGGAAAUGGUUCAGACAAGUUUCUACGCUUUAGUGUGCAUGUGGCUUGAAGUUUUGUCAUUUGGUGUGAUUUUAUUCAGUUUCUUGUUUUAUGUUGGGUGUGGCUUUCGGUUUCGUAUUACAUUUUAUCUGCGUGGAUAAAGUUGGAUUUGAUUUUCGUUGCAUUACUUCGAAUCAAUAAAAAUACUCGCUUCUUUGGGGGUACCUAAUUUCUCAGCAAUUUUUAGUGCCUGUGAGUAAACUGAAUGAAACUAAGGGAGAAUUAAGUAUGGAUGCUGGCUUGUGGAUG